AUGCAUGAGCUUGUACCUGUAGGGUUUGUCAGGACUCCUAUUGAGGAUGUUGUGGCAUGGGGAGAGUCACUCGACCAACUUCUGGAAUGUAAAACAGGCCGGCUGGUGUUUGAGGACUUCUUGAGGACAGAAUACAGUGAGGAGAACCUUUUAUUUUGGCUGGCCUGUGAGGACUACAAGAAAACUAACAAUGAGAAAGAAACGACGGUUGCUGCUAAAAGGAUCUACGCAGAGUUUGUCCGAGUUGAUGCGCCUAGACAGAUAAACAUUGACUGUGUGACAAGAGAAGAAAUCAGUGAAAAUAUCACUCAGCCGGAGCCAAAUUGCUUCGACAGGGCACAGAGACUGAUAUACAGUCUGAUGGAAAACGACAGUUAUCCACGAUUUCUGAAAUCAGAAAUGUACCAAGCGCUCCUGGAACAAGCUGAACAGCAAUGA